CUCAGUACACUGGGCGAGAGAGCCUGCCACUGCCCGGAAACCGAGCGUGGAGCAGCUACAGUGCCAUAAGCCCCUGGAGAAUUCGAACUUUGAAACUGAAAGGCAGUACCUUCGAGAACCAAUUCUCUUUACUUCCACUCUCCCCCGGCCACCCUAGAGAGCAUCUAGUUGGUGGCUGGAAACUCCAUUCCUCUCCGUUGGGCUUGCUCUCCUCCCAUUCUUUCUCUACCUAUAGUCAGGCAUUUAGAGAUAUAAAUUUUCCCUACCAAGAAACCAAGAACUGCUUUGGAUUCAUCCCAUAAGUUUUGGUACAGGAGUGUUGCUUUUGGCCUAAUAAGUGGCCAUGGCAACCAGCAUGGUCGAUAGUGCCAACCACUUACCCUUUUUCUUUGGCAACAUCACCCGUGAAGAAGCAGAAGAUUAUCUUGUUCAGGGGGGAAUGAGUGAUGGACUCUAUCUGCUUCGCCAGAGUCGUAACUAUCUGGGUGGCUUUGCAUUAUCUGUGGCAUUUGGAAGGAAGGCUCAUCAUUACACUAUUGAGAGGGAGCUGAAUGGGACAUAUGCCAUUGCUGGAGGGAGGACCCACACCAGCCCUGCUGAACUGUGCAUUUAUCAUUCUCAAGAGUCUGAUGGCCUGGUCUGCCUUCUGAAGAAACCUUUUAAUCGGCCACCUGGAGUAGAACCAAAGACUGGUCCAUUUGAAGAUUUGAAGGAAAACCUCAUCAGAGAAUAUGUAAAACAGACAUGGAACUUGCAGGGUCAAGCUCUUGAACAAGCUAUUAUUAGUCAAAAACCACAAUUGGAGAAGUUGAUUGCUACUACUGCUCAUGAGAAGAUGCCAUGGUUCCAUGGGAAGAUCUCUCGACUUGAGUCUGAACAGAUUGUUUUAAUUGGGUCAAAAACAAAUGGAAAAUUUUUAAUACGGGCAAGAGACAACAAUGGAUCAUAUGCCCUCUGUUUACUCCAUGAAGGAAAAGUUCUACAUUAUCGCAUUGAUAAAGAUAAAACAGGAAAACUCUCUAUCCCUGAUGGAAAAAAGUUUGACACCCUUUGGCAGCUGGUUGAGCAUUAUUCCUAUAAACCAGAUGGACUCUUAAGGGUUCUUACUGUUCCAUGUCGGAAAAUUGGCUCAGAAAAUGGUAACAUAGAUUUUGGGAUGUCGCGACCACCUCUUCCAACCUCUCAUCCUAAGAGUUCGUCAGUGGGUGGAUUUAUCUCAAGAAUCAAAUCAUACUCCUUUCCAAAGGCUGGCAACAAAAAGUCACAUCCUUCCAAUGUUAACCGGGCUGACAGUUCAGUGGAACUUAAUCCUUAUGUGCUACAGAGAACAAAUUGUACCGCUUUGGGAGCUGAACUAGAUGUGCAGAGGGAAGCCUUACCAAUGGACACUGCAGUCUAUGAAAGUCCCUAUGCGGAUCCAGAAGAAAUCAGACCCAAAGAGGUGCGUCUGGACAGAACAUUGCUAACUUUGGAAGAAGGCGAGCUUGGCUCUGGUAACUUUGGAACUGUUAAAAGGGGCCGCUAUAGAAUGAAAAAAGGUGAAAAGUUAGUGGCUGUAAAGAUACUCAAAAAUGAGACCAAUGACCCUGCAGUUAAAGAUGAGUUACUAAGAGAAGCAAAUGUCAUGCAACAGCUAGACAAUCCUUAUAUUGUCCGAAUGAUUGGGAUAUGUGAAGCUGAAUCCUGGAUGUUAGUCAUGGAGAUGGCUGAACUUGGUCCACUCAAUAAAUAUCUGCAGAAAAACAGGCAUGUCAAGGAUAAGAAUAUCAUAGAACUAGUUCAUCAAGUUUCCAUGGGGAUGAAAUAUUUGGAGGAGAACAAUUUUGUGCACAGGGAUUUGGCUGCAAGAAAUGUGUUACUAGUUACCCAACAUUAUGCCAAAAUCAGUGAUUUUGGACUUUCAAAAGCACUUAACGCUGAUGAAAACUAUUACAAGGCACAAACUCAUGGAAAGUGGCCGGUCAAGUGGUAUGCUCCAGAAUGCAUCAAUUACUAUAAAUUCUCUAGCAAGAGUGAUGUUUGGAGCUUUGGAGUGCUAAUGUGGGAAGCAUUUUCCUAUGGGCAGAAGCCUUAUCGAGGAAUGAAAGGAAGUGAAGUUUCAGCAAUGUUAGAAAAAGGAGAGAGGAUGGAGUGUCCUACAGGCUGUCCAAGUGAAAUUUAUGAUCUGAUGAAACUAUGUUGGACAUAUGAGGUUGAAAACAGACCUGCAUUUUCAGCUGUUGAAUUGCGACUACGUAAUUACUACUAUGAUGUUGUUAAUUAACAGAUCCAGAACUUCAAUUCUUGUUUCCUUUGGGGAAUCAUAGAAACCCUGCAGCAGACAAACUAUAAAGGAAAAAUUCAUAUUCUUAAAUGAAUUUUACUUAGUACAUAUUAUUGGUAAUGCUAAUCCUAUCAUUCAGUGUUACCAGAUUGAAGAACAAAAAUGUAACACAACAGUUGUUAUAAUUUCCUCUGCUUACACUCAACCUAGGCUUUUCCCAAAGAUUUUACAAACAUGGAUACACAAUAACAUUGAAUGGGGAGGGGAGAGAGAGAGAAACGUCAGGACAGAAAUACCCUUUCUGUAUGGAAAGUAUGGAAGAGGACAGUAGGAACAAAAGAGUUUGUUAGAUUAUUUUUUAUUUCCUUUUUUUGUAUGUAGACUAUGUAGAGGAAGGUUUCAGAAUUGGACAACAUGAAAGAAUGGAAUGGGAUAGAAAUAGAAUAGGAUGGAAGGAAGAAAAAGAGAGAAGGAAUAAAGUUAAAUAUAGGAUUAUCUUGAUUGGUCUCAAAUUUUCUAGGGUAAAAUAUUUCCUGAAAGCAUAAUUGCAUUUUCAAAAUCAAAUAACCAGUGAAGAUUGUAUUAGUAAGUUUAAUUGAAUGAAAAUUAAAUAUUUUAUAUUUACUUUUGCUUUGUUAUAUGAGAUAGAAAAUAUGCCAAUGAGAAAAAUAUGAAAAUUAUGUUUUGUUUUUAAUAAAUGAAUUGCUUUUGUUACCUUAUUCAUAGCUAAUCUUUCCAUCAAUAGGCCAUUGCAAAAUGCAUAUUUUCAGAGGGAAGAUUAAACCUAUUUUAUAGGGUGGAUAACUUAGAAAAGGAACAGUAGACAAAGCUUAUGACUGAAACUAUUUGUGAGAAGACUAUUCCAUGUUUAUUUGAUCUAUCUUCUUUCAACAAAUGUGUUACAAGCUUUCACUGUCAACCUCACAACCAAAACAGAGAUUCUAAAACAGAGCAUCUAGACCUGAAUUCCCUGACUAAAUUGUCUCUUUCUCUUUCCCUCCAUGCAUCACCUCCCAUUCUACCCCCUCCACCUCAAAAAUUUGCAUCUUGGGGCAUAAAAAUAUUCAAAUUGAGAAUGACCUCUAAAUAUGAAGUAAGCACUUCAUGGUAAUCACUUCUCAGUUCUAUAGUAGAAACUUUUACUCUUUGCAGGAAAAACAAAAUAAAAAACUAUAAUUUUGACUGACUGUGCAGAAAGGGAAGGAGCAAAGGUGACUUAUUUCCUCUAGGAAUGGAGGUAUGCUGAAAAAUAAAGGCCAAAAUAAAUAAGAAUCAUUCAAAUAAAAGGUAUUUCGAGUUAAGAAUUUUAGGGAGAAAAUAAGGUCCUAAAAGAUAACUUCCUGUGUUUUCCUUUCCUAAGGUUAUGAGAAUUAUUUUUUAUAGGCUUACUUAAAUGCUUUGCUAAAGAGAGACUACAAGGGCUGAAAAAAAUAAUAAUCUGAACAAUCAUUUUAGGUUGUCGAUUAACAGGCUUUCAGAAAUUGUAUUAUCCUAGUUUUUACUUAUAUGACAAUUUUUUUAAAGUUAUAUUCCUAUAUUUUGUUUUAUUUUGCUAAUAUUCAAUUACAUGUAUGCUUUUUAAUAAUUUAAUCAUAUUUUUUCCUCACACCUAUUUUUAGUUGUGUUUUUUGUUGUUGUUGUUAGAUGGUGAUUUUAUGUUUAUAUAAGGCCGCAAUUAACCAUAAUUCUUGAACUUCUUAUUUUUGAACUGUAGAAAUUAAAACUUGAUUCAUAAAAAUCUACUGGCCCUUCUAAAAAAAAAAGCUGAACAAGCUGUAUUUUGCAUUAUAUGUACAUUCAGAUAGGCCAAUGCUUUUUCAAAAGACAUUUUAU